AUGGAGCGACGGCAGGAGCAGAGGGGUGAGCACGUGCGGAGGUCUGAGGAGCGGGAGUGGAGCCGGAGCAGCAGCUUUUCUGACGGGCAGCUGAACGGCCAGCUCGAGAAGCGAUACUGGGAGCCUUGCCAGGGCUGUGGAGACAGCCUGAAUACCAGCGAGUCCACUGUGGAGGAAAGGUCCUUGUGUGAGGACUGUGAGUGCAGCUCCUGCCUUCAGCACGCUCUUCAGGACUCCGUCACCUGGCUCUCCCUGAAGGAGGAGGAGCUGGCACAGCCUCUACGACUGGGGGGCGACGGAGCAGCGCUGCAGCAGCAGAGACAAGGAGACCAGCUCUUUGUUGAAGAAGUGAAGUCCAGAGGUCCGUUCAUCUACUCCGUGUUGGAGUCAGCCCAGGAGUUCUUGUCACAGUGUUCCAUGCCGGACUCUGAGGAGGCUUUCAACAAUCAUGGUAGAGAACUAAGACACAAUACCUCCAAACUCCCUCUAACCCGCGUGUGGCAGCAGUCCGGCGUGGUGGGGGCGCUCUGGGAGCAGGUGAUGGAGCGGUGCUCGGCGCGCGAGAGACGUCUGGACACGGCGCUGACCCAAGUGGAGGACCUGCAGGUGUCCAUGAGCUCGCUGGCCGUGGAGCUGGAGGAGGCGCUGGGGGUGCAGGAGGCCUGGGAACCCCUGGGGGAACUCCUGGUGGACGCCCUUCAGGACCAUAUCGAUGCCAUCAGGCUGUUUGAAGAGGAGCUGGUGCCCGUGGGUGAGGGGGUGAGGCGGACCAACGAGCAGGCCCAGCAGCUCAGCGUGUCGGGAGUGCAGCUGUCUCCCGAGAACACCCAGGUCCUGCAGCGCCUCAACAAUCAGUGGGGAUUACUACAGGACUCCAUAGAUUUCCGACUGAGGGACUUGCAGGAUGCUCACAGAAGCUUUGGUCCAAAAUCCCAGCACUUUCUCUCGGGAUCAGUGCAGAGACCAUGGGAGCGAGCCAUAUCACCCAACAGAGUCCCAUACUACAUCAACCAUGAAGCCCAGACCACCAGCUGGGACCACCCAAAGAUGACCGAGCUCUAUCAGGCUAUGGCUAAUCUGAACCACAUCCGUUUCUCUGCCUACAGAACUGCGAUGAAGCUGAGGCGAGUACAGAAGGCCUUAAGACUGGACCAGAUGAAGCUCAGCUCCGUCGCCGCUGUGUGUCCCAAGUCGGAGCCCCGGGACCUGGUCAUGGACGUGACGGGUGGCGCAGAGGUCAGCGGCUCGGAGCUCCUGGACGUGUUGGAGGUCAUACACACGCUGGGCGCGCUGUACGAGCAGCAGCAGCAGGAGGAGGACGAGGAGGGCAAACAGCAGCUCAACAUCCCGCUCUGUGUGGACAUGUGUCUGAACUGGCUGCUCAACGUCUAUGACAGUGGCCGACUAGGGAAACUACGCGUCUUGUCUUUCAAGACUGGCCUGGUGUGCUUGUGUAAUGCUGAUAUCAAAGAAAAAUGUAAAUACCUGUUCCAGCAGGUGUGUGGUGGGGACGGACAGAGUGACGGCACUCACCUGGCGGCGCUACUGACCGAGCUGAUGCUGAUCCCGCGGCAGCUGGGGGAAGUGGCGGCGUUUGGCGGGAGCAACGUGGAACCCAGCGUGGCCAGCUGCUUCCGUAUGGUCCCAGGCAAGCCGUCGGUGGGGCUGUCGGACUUCCUGGAGUGGAUGGGGCUGGAGCCGCAGUCUGUGGUGUGGCUGCCCCUGCUGCAGCGCGUGGCCCAGGCCGAGAUCACGCAGCACCAGGCCCGGUGCGCCGUCUGCAAGCAGAGCCCCAUACAGGGAUUCAGGUACCGCAGCCUAAAGCAGUUUAAUGUGGACAUCUGCCAAUCCUGCUUCCUGUCUGGCCGGGCACUCAAGGGCAAGACUCCGCAUUACCCAAUCAUUGAGUACUACACUCCUAGCACAUCGGGGGAGAAGAUGCGGGACUUUGCCGAGACGCUGAAGAACAAGUUCCGGUCGAAGCAGUACUUCAGUAGACACCCACAGAGAGGAUACCUCCCCGUGCAGUCCUCUUUGGGGUCGGAGAGGGAAAGCACACCCAUGUCUUCCCCAAAGCUCCCUCAUGCGGACACACACUCCAGAAUCGAGCACUUUGCCAGCAGGCUGGCUCAGAUGGAAAACCAAAACUGCUCUUUCUUCAACCACAGCCUUGAUGAGGACCAGUACCCGCUGGGCUCCGGGUCGGAGAUGGAGCAUCCUCACCUCCUCAGCUACACCGGCAGGGAGACCCACGAGGAGCUCCAACAAACCCUCGCCAUCCUGGAGGACCAGAACAGAAUCCUGCAGAGGGAGUACCGGCGCCUCAGAUGGCAGCACGCCGAGGCUGCCCAGGCCGCUCCUCACGUCGGCGGAGGUGAGAGCUCGUCGGGGUCGGGGGGAUCGCCCGGAGGGUCGUCUGGGGGUCAGGAUGAGGCGCUGCUGGCCGAGGCGAGGGUCCUGAGGCAGCACAGAGGCCGACUGGAGACACGCAUGCAGAUCCUGGAGGAGCACAACGUGCAGCUGGAGUCUCAACUGCACAGACUCAGAACACUAUUGCUCAAGCCCAGGGACGACUCAGAGGACAGUGUGUCAUCAGGCAGCCAGUCGGCUCUUCAGUCUCCCUCACUCAGGAGAGAGUGUGUGGGCACACAGCCAAGCAAAGGCACCUCCACUGGAGGAACGCUGGCAGAGUAUGAACAACAGCAGACAGACACGACUUACAACCUGGAGCAGGUGAUCGAGCAGCUGCGCACUGUCUUCCCAUCGGAGAGUGGCUCCCCCACACCCCUGUGA